CUAUUUAGAAUAGAAUAGUAUGGAUGAAUACGUAAGAGAUCUGUUACAAAAAUGGGAACUAGAAGAACUGAUACCAAAAUUUGGAGAUGAAGAGGUGAACGAAAAAGCCUUUAAAUGUUUAACAGAAGACAUCAUCCGUGAGCUAAUUCCAAAGCUCGGCAAACGUGCUAUUUUUAACAAAGCCUACAAAGAAUUCCGCGAGCAGCAAUUGGUGAUUGAGGACACCAAAGAAGACGAAAGUGAAUAUACGCCAGAGUUUGAAACAAUUAAAAAUGUUUUAACGGACAAAAACAUCGAGAAGUUAAGUCAAGCAGAUUUUCCCCCCGAUGUCUCCGACGUAAAAUCUACAACCGGCCCAUUACGGAAUCCACCGGGUGACACCGAUAGAAACGAGAAGCAGUCAAAUGAAAACCUGAACGAAAAUCAGUUAGUACCAACUAUUCCGUUGAGCAUUGAGCCGUUAACUGAACCUUCUGAAAGUGAUCUGCAAACCAUGGAAGCUUUGCGUAGUAUACUCAAUGCUAGUUACAGUAGCAGUCACUUACUAAACAAGGAUUUUCUUACGCCAACGCACCGCAAGGAGCUAAGUGAUGAAGUCAUUAAAUUCCUUUACAACAAAAAUGAGGGCAACUUAAGUGCAGGUCUGCUCACAGGGUGGGCACGAGCAGUAGAGUUCGUUUUCACUGACGAAGUAGCGGCGAUUUAUUUCCGCCAAUCACCGGACGGUUCCCGGUGGGCCGGAAAGCUGUACGAUUCCUAUCAAAGGCGGCAGGAACUACAAAGUAAACCGGAGAAAGGUUGAAAGAGAAGUAAUUGGAGAAUAUUGCAUAUGUUUAACCAGAUUCAAAUGCUUUGAAGAUGCUUUUGGAAUCAAUAUCAAACUUGACAGCUACAACGUAAGGUACUGGCUAGAUUGGCGGCUGAUGUGAUGAUAUGCGGAAAGUAAUGAUCGUCAAGAAAAC